UCAAAAGAUCGAUCAGGUCCACCAAUCAGCUCGCAUGGCUUAGUGGUAAAGCGCAUGACUAGUAAUCAUGAGAUCCUCGGUUCGACUCCGAGUGUGAGCAAUUUUUUUGUCUCUAUCUCAACUACUCUUGACACAGAUUGGCUUGCUAUCCGUUUGUACAUAUGUAACCAAGCAGUCCGAGUUUCAACAAGAACCAGCUCGCAUGGCUUAGUGGUAAAGCGCAUGACUUGUAAUCAUGAGAUCCGUGGUUCGACUCCGCGUGCUGCGCCGAACCAUUUGUGA